AUGUCAUCUUCUCGAAACUUUGAUUUGGAGUAUGAUGAUUAUAAAGAAAGAAGGAAUGCAGCUGGAAUCGGAAGUCGUGCAAGUUCAAGAAAUGGGCGGUUCAAACCAAUUGAUGUGGAGAAGGAGAAAGCAAAGAAGGAAAUUGGAGAUUAUGGAUUACCAAAAAACGAGUAUCAAAUGCAAGGAUACUAUGAAAGAAACUCUGAUGUUGGUUCCGAUCCGUUGGCAUCUGUCCGAACUAUUCGAAACAAUUUGAGAGUUAUGUCACUGGAGCACCGAGACAAGGACGAGCCAGUCAAAGCUCAUUUGUGUCAAUCGGCGUGUGAUGAUUUAUCAAAAGCCGAGAAACAACUUGUCGAUUUGAGUCAUAAGAGAAGUGAUGCAGUGGUGAGAGGGGACACGAAUCAGGUUGAGAGAAUUGCAAAGGAUAUGGAGAGAGUGAAGUCAGAUGCAAUUCGAAAUGCGUAUUCUGAUUUGAUGAUGGAGGAUGGAGCAAUGAAAGCAUUCGGAGUGAACUCGAAAUGGACUCCUGAUAAGAAUCCAAUGCCUCCAGAUGAUUGGAAACCAAUGACUCCAAUGAAACCGAGAAAAAGAGCAGAGACGCCAACAGGAAAGAAGAGAUCAGAGAGUAGACAGAGUGUAAGAGGAGGGAAUAAUGAUAAUGGAGAUAUGAGAAUGGCUUCGAGAGCAAGUACGAGGUCAGCAGAGAGGAGAGUUAUUCCACAGGAAGAGACAAGGAAGCCAAAAGCCACACGCAAAAACCAACGUCUGUCCACAAUUGGUCAUGUUCCUGAAUCCAUUCCAGUGGAUUCUCCGUUGGCAAGUGGUUCCACAGUCCAGGAUGAUCCAUAUAAAAUACCAACUUAUGUUGGAAGAUGCCCACACUGCCAAGUGACUGAAUCCGGGCUCGGGAAACCUGGAGGAAUGGAGAAGCAUUACGCCAAGUCGUGUAAAGUGAUGACAAGCUGUAAAUACUGUAUGAAGUUGACAAUGGUCUCCCAGCUAACAGAUCAUCUGAUUUAUCGUUGUGAAUUCCUUCAAGACACGAUGGAAUCUUGUAAUGACUGUGGAUUGGCAAUAGAAAAAGAAGAUCAAAGACGUGGAACCAGUCAUCCGAUGUGUAGAGGAAGACGCCCUCCAUCAGGAGCCCAGUGGUGUCCAUUAUGUACAAUUGCAGUAGAAGAUAAUGAGGAGAAUUGGAGAGAACAUCUGCUGGGAAACUGUUAUAACAAUCCGAGAAGAGACGGUCCGGAGAAGGAUCCGUGGGAGAUGAAAGAAGAGCAAGAAAACAUUUUAAGAGGUGCAAAAGAGAAGAAGCGUCGAGAGAAAGAAGAAGAAGAGCAAAGAAUUAAAGAUGCAGAAUUGAAGAAACAACAGCAACAAGUUGUUGUGAAUAAUACAGGAUAUCCUGGAAGAAUGAUAGAUGCUGAUAAAUUGGUGGUGGCUUUACAGGAGAUUCAGGAGAGGAAGAAGGCUGAGAAGAAGAAGAAAUUGAAAGAUAUUGAGAAGGAGACUGCCGCGACUUGA